AGAUCACGUUUGCCCCGAGCAGCCAACCAGUCGGGCCUUCGUCCUCAGGCCCGAAGCGAUUGGGGGGCAGAGUGAGCUCGACUCGACCCCACGUUCUGGUGGUGCCCCGGUUCCCUCCACCCCCAGGCGGACCCGAGGCGAUAUAGCCUGCUCUCCCCGGCCACCUCCUCUUCGUGGAAGCCGAGCGGCGGCCUCGCUGUAAAUGCGGAGGCGAAAUGUAGCGAGCCGGGGGUCGCAGCUGGACGCUCUCCUGGGCUAGGGGUGUGUGUGUUUGUGGGGGGGACACGCCGGAGGCCGAGGAGGUCUGUGGAGGUGGAGUGAUGAGAAGAGGGGGAACCCUGUCCCCGCCGAGACCACGGGCUCCUGCUGCCUCUCGCCAGGCGCCCCCCUUUCUCCUACGCGAGGGGCAGGUGUUCCACACAGAUACUCAUCACUUCAUCUACAGGAAUUCGGAGCAGUACAGGGUCUUCUCUGGAAGGCAGAACAUCUCUGGAGGGACAGAGAGAAGCAGCAAUUGCUGCCCCAAGACCAGCAGAGCCCGAGGAGCUGUGGACAGCCAGAAGAAGCCAGCCUGAGACAGAGAGAAAAAGGCAACAGCCCCAGAUUGGCACUGUCUUCUAAACAUUUGGACCCAGGCUACUUUCUUGAGAAAGAAGGACCACCUACAAGGGCACCCACACUUUGCGGGACCCUUUUGCUCUGAGUGCCCCCUGCUCUGAGGAGCUGGCAGCUGAGAACCAAAGAAGGGGCUAGAUCCAGAUCCAGAUCCUUCAUCUCCUCCAGCUCGGAGCCUCUGGCUGCAGUCAGGCAUCUGUGCCCUAGUGGCUGGCUGCGGGGUCUCCAAGGGACGUGCUGUUCCCCUCCAGCUUGUGGCUCUCUGCUUGAUGGGGCUGUCUGUUGCUAGUUCAGCUUUUGCAGUGCCUGGGAGGAGCUGUGAGCCGUGGGAAGAGGUCCUACGGCACCCCAGCCUGGGUUCACCCCAAGACUAAGUUCUUCCCAAGUUAGAGAGAAGAGGCAAGGAGGAGAAAGGCACUGUUUUCCCGUCAUGUCCUCUAAGCCAGAGCCAAAGGACGUCCACCAGCUGAAUGGGACUGGCCCAGCCACCUCGGCCAGCUCCUCUGAUGGCCCCGGCAGAGAGCCCCUGGCAGGGACCUCUGAGUUCCUGGGACCCGACGGGACAGGGGUAGAGGUGGUGGUGAUUGAGUCUCGGGCAAAUGCCAAGGGGAUCCGGGAGGAGGAUGCCCUGCUGGAGAAUGGGAGCCAGAGCAACGAAAGUGACGACGUCAGCACCGACCGUGGCCCACCACCCCCCUCCCCGCUCAAGGAGACCUCCUUUUCCAUUGGGCUGCAAGUUCUGUUUCCCUUCCUCCUGGCCGGCUUUGGGACAGUGGCCGCCGGCAUGGUGCUGGACAUCGUGCAGCACUGGGAAGUCUUCCAGAAGGUGACAGAGGUCUUCAUUCUGGUGCCUGCACUGCUAGGACUGAAGGGGAACCUGGAGAUGACCCUGGCAUCAAGGCUCUCCACUGCAGCCAACAUUGGGCACAUGGACACACCCAAGGAGCUCUGGCGAAUGAUCACCGGGAACAUGGCCCUCAUCCAGGUGCAGGCCACAGUGGUGGGCUUCCUGGCAUCCAUCGCAGCUGUCGUCUUUGGCUGGAUCCCUGAUGGCCAUUUUAGUAUUCCCCAUGCCUUCCUUCUCUGUGCCAGCAGUGUGGCAACAGCCUUCAUUGCCUCUUUGGUUCUGGGUAUGAUCAUGAUUGGAGUCAUCAUUGGCUCUCGAAAGAUUGGCAUCAACCCAGAUAAUGUGGCCACACCUAUUGCUGCUAGUCUGGGUGACCUCAUCACCUUGGCAUUGCUCUCGGGCAUCAGCUGGGGACUCUACCAGGAGCAGGAACACUGGCAGUACAUUUACCCCCUGGUGUGUGCCUUCUUUGUGGCACUGCUUCCUGUAUGGGUAGUGCUGGCCCGCCGGAGCCCAGCUACCAGGGAAGUGCUGUACUCUGGUUGGGAGCCUGUGAUCAUCGCCAUGGCCAUCAGCAGUGUGGGAGGCCUCAUCCUGGACAAGACUGUCUCUGACCCCAACUUUGCAGGCAUGGCUGUCUUCACACCUGUGAUUAAUGGUGUUGGAGGCAACCUGGUGGCAGUGCAGGCCAGCCGCAUCUCCACCUUCCUCCACAUGAAUGGGAUGCCAGGGGAGAACUCUGGGCAGGCCCCACGCCGUUGCCCCAGUCCCUGUACAACCUUCUUCAGUCCUGAUGUGAACUCACGCUCAGCCCGAGUGCUCUUCCUGCUCGUGGUCCCAGGACACCUGGUAUUCCUCUAUACCAUCAGCUGUAUGCAGGGCGGACAUACCACACUCACACUCAUCUUCAUCAUUUUCUACAUGACUGCGGCACUGCUCCAGGUGCUGAUUCUCCUGUACAUCGCAGACUGGAUGGUGCACUGGAUGUGGGGCCGCGGCCUGGACCCGGACAAUUUCUCCAUCCCCUACUUGACAGCUCUGGGGGACCUGCUCGGCACAGGGCUCUUAGCCCUCAGCUUUCAUGUCCUUUGGCUCAUUGGGGACAGAGAUACAGAUGUUGGGGAUUAACUUGGUCACAGCCUUCUUCCCACCCCUUUGCACUUUCUAUUUGAAAAUAUUUCUUUUGUUCCUCCACCCCACCUCUUUCUAGGACUUCACUUUGAUACCAAAUUCUCAUUAUUUUCAAUGGGAAUAUUUAUAUAUUGAGCCAGGCUUAUAGAGCAGACUUCAGGAAGAACAGAUGGCUGAGAGAAGCAGGAAGAGUAGAUUUUUGAGACAAUCACCAAGUGCAAUUUCCUUGCAGGGUCUCCAGGUGAGGUGCAUCAGCACAGGGAUUCCCUGGGAACCUGAAGCUAUUGAGUUUAGCUUCAGCCCCAUGGAGUAGGCCAGCCCAAUGUGAGUAGGUUCUGGUUUAAAAUAUUUGAUUUGCUUUUUUAUUGGACAGAGGAAUAAUUCUCUCCAUCUCACACUCUAGAAUCACCUAUUUUUUCCUAAAAAUGGACUAACUCUAAGCACUGGGCAGGAGACCAUUCCUGGCCCUACGUAAUCCCGGCCUCUUCCCUGCCCUCUGAAUCCAGCCCGCUCUGUAUGAUAUGAGCUGGCUUUCCCAGGAGGCUCAGCCCAUAACCCUACUGCCUGGCAAACACUCCACACCUCCAUCAGAGGUUUCUCAUUGGUUCUCACAUCCAGAAAGAUAGGAACAGUGGCCUGCUCUCUGUUGUCCGUGUCCUUCCAGAGUGGCCAGAGAGGUCUGAUUGUUGGGCUCUGUUUACCUUUUGUCAUCUCUAAGCACUUCCUUCCUUCGAUCUUGCCAUCUGGUUCUGAGAUUUGGGGUGGAGCAUGUGGAGAAUGGGGAAGAGGUUAAGGCAGCCAGGAUGUUCACUUGUGCUGCUUCUCCUGAAGACAAAUGUGUGGUCACCUUAACCACAGCCACUUCUUCAAAUCACUCUUUUUUCUAGCCUUGGGAGUCAGUUUUCCUCCUUAGUCUCAUGCUUUGUUCACAAACCCUCAUCAUUCGUUCAUUCAUACAUUCAUUCAGCAAAUACAAAAGCUCCUCAGGAGUGCUUCUGCAAGCGAGCAGUAUUUCAUGCCUACUAUGUGUGGGGGGCACUGUGCCAGGCACUGAGUGCCUAGUGACAAGAAAACAAGCUCUGACCUCACACAUUCCCUACGUAUCUCUUUCACUCCCAGAAAACUUUUCUUGCCCACUGCACCCAACCAUGUUCUCCCUCAGUCCAUAUCCCAUCCUCACACUAUAAUUAUGACCCAUAUCCAGCCUGUCCUUCCUUCUACCUCUCCUCACCUAAGCUAAGUCCAGAAGAAGACUCAGAACUAGCAGUUUGGACAUCAACCAGCCACCUCUACUCAUCACCUUAUACAAUAGUGGCAAAACUUUGGCUCCAUAUCUUCCCUAAACAUGACUGGACAAGCUAGAAAUAUCGUCACACUCCCACAGAUACAGAUCUGGGCAUAGGAGCUCUUUCUAGUCUCUCUGCAGCCUGACCUCAACCCUUCCCCCUGUACUAUAAAGGGCCUACCUCCAAGGGCAGUGACCCACCCAAAAACAGUACCUAUCCCAGGAACUGGCUCUUCCCUCCAGAGAAUUACAACCCCCCCUCCCUUUUCUACCCAGACCACCUUCUGGAAUCUACAACCUUAGAAUUGGAAGGAAUCAUUACAUUGGAUUCCAUAUCUAAUUGGAUUUGUGUCUAACAGUUCAUUAACAUCAACAUUCUGUCUUUCCUCUAGAAACACAUUUGCACACAGAUUUGUACACACACCAAAAUGAAGUCCACUGCUGCCCCUGAGGUAUCAUUCAUAUUAUCUCAAGUUGUCCCUGCCACACAUUCACCCCCCCUCUCCAAUUUGGCCAAGCCUACCCUGAGGACUCUUAAGCAUCUCUCUUUUUCUGAAAGGCCAGGAGGAUAGCCAUGCCCCAGGCCUUAUAUAAGUGCACAGAGGGAGGACCAGGCUAAGCAAGAAGGAAAGGGAACUUGACUUUCAUACAAAGUUUUUUCCCCUGAUUGCACAAACUGCAUGUAUUUUUAAGUCUGGCUGCAAGGAGCUACAUUGGUUUACUCCUGUAUCCUUAAAAUGUUACAGAACUGUGUCUUAAGAGAAUUAUUUAUAGUUACUAUAACUGAAUUGACAAAUGUCAACAUAACUGAUAAAUUAUAUUUGGUAAAAUAAAGAGGAUGUUUAUUUA